AUGUCAACAGCACACGAAACGCCUGAUAUCAGGGACCGUUGCCGGGACAUCAAAGACAGGCUGCGCGAUUUGGAGCGCCAGUUGCCGAACGAAGAAGGAUCUUGGGGAAACUCGACUAUUCACGAUCUUUUGGAUAGAUUUACUCUUUGGACCGGAGACUUGGGUGCGAUGCGAUCGCCGCGCAGCCAGUUCUCUCUUGAGAUGAGAUUGUCCGAAAGUCCAGAGCUCCGUCUUUUGAUCCAAGAGCAAUUGGGCGACUUCAGAGCAGCAGUUCUGGACUUAUCAGAAGCAUUCCUGGAAUUUGGAGAUGAAGGUAGCGCCGAGGGCGAGUCCAUCGCCGAGGAUGGGCUGGAUUCUUUGAAAUUGGACGACAUCAAGCUCUCCUUGGCCACAGUAUUACAAUGCCUUCGAGGUCUGUUUGACAUUGGUAUCGCGGUAAGGAAGCUAACCACACGCGACCGAUUCCAGCGAGCGCUUUUACGGUCGCGAGACACUGUCUACGCAGGCGCGGACAGAGACCACGUGGAACAAAAGUACCCAAAGCUCAAUACUGAGUCCGCAUCAUGGCUUGCGUCUCGGCUGGUAACAGCAAAUGUGAAAAGGAGAAAAGUUAUGAUAUACAAUGGAUAUCACAAAAGCAUGCUCGGGGCUGAAGACGAUGUUUACGAGGAUGAACCGGAUUCCACAGCGCUGUCCAGCAAAGCAUCUACUUUUGCCCCACCUAAACCACUUGCAGACAUCAGCGCGUUGGCGGCUGAGGAGGACUGUGAUACCAUCUCCUUGGGAACGGCAUCAACCUCAUUCAGUUCCAACGACAGUCUCCGUAUGCCGACACUUGCUGCCCUGAGCCCAGACAAAGAGCCGUUCGAAUGUCCAGUAUGCUGUAUGGUGCAGCGAUUUGAAAGGGAAAAGGCAUGGAAGUAUGGUUUUAUGGUUUUUCUCAUACCGCGAGUCGUCCAUGAAAGCCUCGAAAUGGACAAAUAUCGAUCGGGAAAGAUCGCUGACGUCGGGACAGGAUCCACGUGUACCGAGAUCUGA